AUGUUCUCAUGGCGCUGGUGGCCAACCCGAGCCCUCCGAAGACUUGAAGAUGACGAACCAGCAUUUCCUAUUCGGCAGCUCUUUGUCUUAGCUCUUGUCCGCAUUUGUGAGCCGAUUGCUUUCAUGUCUAUAUUUCCAUAUGUCUACUACAUGGUCGAGUCCUUUCACGUGACCGACAAUGACCAAAAGAUUGCUUUCUACGCCGGUAUGAUUACAUCGUCCUUCACCUUUGCUGAGUUCAGCGCUGGCGUAUUCUGGGGCCGAAUGAGCGACAAGGUCGGACGCAAACCAGUGCUCAUAAUGGGUUUAAUUGGCACGGCUAUCAGCAUGAUUGUUUUCGGUUUCUCACCCAACCUGCCAACGGCGAUGAUUGCGCGCGCCCUUGGAGGACUGCUCAACGGAAACAUCGGAGUCCUCCAGACUACUGUGGCCGAAAUUGUCACCGUCAAGGAACAUCAGCCACGCGCCUAUUCGAUCAUGCCAUUUGUCUGGUGUCUAGGAUCAAUCAUUGGCCCAGCACUUGGUGGUGCUUUGGCUCAACCUUGCCAGAAUUAUCCCGGCCUUUGCCAGCCAGGUACCGUCUUUGAUCGUUUCCCUUUCCUGCUUCCGAACCUGGUUUGCGUCGUUAUCCUCAUCCUUGGCAUCACGAUUGGCAUUCUCUUCCUGGAAGAAACGCAUGCAGAAAAGAAAUAUCGCCGCGAUCCCGGCCUGGAGUUGGGUCGAUGGCUGCUGAGCAAAUUCUCAGCUGGUCAUGAAUGUUCUUCCAAUGAAGAGGAAGCCGAGGCAAACCGCCAAGGAGACUACAGACCGUUAGAGGAUGACUCUCCACCAGUCUAUAGGAGUAGAGAGGGCACUCCUCGCCCCUCUUCGGUUGACGGCCCACGCUCUGAUACGACAGGGGACGACAUCGAGCAACAGUACACCCGCAAGGGUCUGAGUUUUGGCAAAGCAUUCACCAGGCAGGUCAUCUUCAACAUCGUGGGCUAUGGAAUUCUAGCAUACCAUAGCGUGUCAUUUGAUCAGUUGAUGCCAGUCUUUCUCAGCACGCCCAAGUCUGAUGAUGCAGCGAUUCUUCCGUUCAAGUUCACUGGAGGCUUGGCCUUGUCAACCAAGAUGAUCGGCUUCAUGCUGGCAGUACAGGGCGUUUACUCAAUGGUCGCACAACUGUGGCUUUUUCCCUUUGUCGUCCGGCAUGUCGGCACCCUCCGAGCUUUCCGCUCUGUCUUGAUGAUUUGGCCGCCACUCUACUUUGCGGUUCCAUAUCUCAUCCUGCUGCCCUCGAGUCUCCAGAUUCCAGCUGCAUACGUGGCUUUGCUGGGCAAAAUUACGUUGCACGUGAUUGCAUUCCCUUCUAGCGCGAUUCUGCUUGCCAAUGCCGCUCCCUCAUCGACGGUACUUGGAUCGAUAAAUGGCGUGGCAGCUUCAACUGCCAGUUUGAGCCGAGCUUUGGGGCCGACGAUCACCGGACUACUCCACUCGAAGGGGCUCGAGAGCGGUUACUCCGUUCUUGCAUGGUGGGUAUGCGGAGUCGUGUGCGUGAUAGGCGCGAUUGAGAGUUGCUUCAUCGAGGAGGUGGAACCUCGGCGUCUCAAUGCGACAGAGAAGCUCGACGCGGACGAACAGAAGCGAAAUGGAUCUCAGCGCCGGGGAUCCUUGUUCACCCUCGGAGAAAGAAAUACCAUUCCUGAAGAGGAAGUAAGGUUGCUGUCAUCUGCACGGUCGAGCUCGGAUCUGGAUUCCGAAAUGUCUGAUGUGAACUUGGCCAUUGAACAUGACUACGGCAAAGCCUAA